CCCACUUCCUUUCUUUUUACCCAUCGCAGCUCUCCACCUCCACAUUCUCUUAUACUCUCUCUCUGCGCCUUUCUUCCUUCCCAUUACUUUCCUUUUCCUCUAAUGGAAACCCGUCUCAAGAUGCGAAUCUCUCGCAUGUUCCGAUCCUCUUUCGCCUCUUGCCGCGCCCGCAACUUCUCCGAUGUCACUGAAAAAGCUGUCUUUCCCCACCACGACCACCGUGGCUUUCACCCUAUCGACCCAUCGUCUCCUAAACCCCGUCCCUUUCCUUCCAUAUGCGGACCCAAAGCCUUGGAAACCUCUGAAACUAUUGAUUCUUCGCUUCCCAGAAAGAAAGUUUCUGAGUGGCCGUCAUCGCCGUUCCGCCGGGGCAAUCACGGAGGGAGGUCUUGUCCCCCGGCUUCGCCAAUCACGCCUCUGAAUCCAGUAUACGAGGACGAGUUUGGUUAUUGUGAGAAAUUGAGACAUUCAGGGAGGAACGAGAAGAUUAAGAAGAAGAAGAAGAAGAAAGGUACCCGUAAGAAAAGAAAGCCCUCGGAUAUGUUCCCAUUCAACUCUUGCGCUCAGGACGGGACUAUAGGAGGAUAUUGGUGGUACAGCAACGACGAUGACGACGACAGCGAAGGAGAGGAUGAGACCGACACGCUUUUCUCUUCUAGAAGCCUCUCUUCGGAUUCCUCCCGUUCUCGCCGCCGGCGUCAUCGGUCUUGCCAGAAAAAGAAGGAGGACGGUGACCGAGUGGGUCCGGAGAGCCUAAGUUCUGAAAUGGGCGUGAUGCCAUUGAAGGGAAGAGUGAAGGAUACCUUCGCCGUAGUGAAGCAGUCCAGUGACCCUUACAAUGAUUUCAGGACGUCCAUGGUGGAAAUGAUAGUUGAGAAACAGAUAUUUGCGCCCGAGGAUUUGGAGAAUCUCCUGCAGUGUUUCCUGUCCCUCAAUUCGCAUAAUCAUCAUAAGAUUAUUGUAGAGGUUUUCACUGAGAUUUGGGAAGCCCUGUUCUCUGACUGGUUUUAAGACUCAAGAAUGAUCUGUUAUCUGUGUUUGUUUCCAUGGAAAAUAGUCUAGCUCUAACUUAACUUAGUUCGCGUUUAUGAUACUCCAUUUCCCAUUCAAUCUAAGUUACUUUAAGUUAUAUUUUCUUUUUGUCUUGUCUGGAGCUGAAUCUUCUACUCGUGGGAUUUUCUUCUUUGUUGUUGUUGUGCUCCCCGUCGCGAUAUUUCUUCAUAUAUUCAGAUAAACUGACAAAGAACUGUAUCCGCAAAGGUGGUAGUAAAAUCAACGAAAAGACCUAAAAUAGAGAUGUUUCAUUGUUUUGUUA